GACAUCACAUCUCAUUCCCUAGAACCUCUCCUCUCCUCGGAGUCCCAGUUCUCUCCAAAUGAUACCCAGGUGACAAACAGAUAGAUGGUUUAGAGUUAUCCGUUCCUCUCAAACCCCAAUUUCUAGUGUCCCCACCGACAUCGCGCGACCACCAUGGCCACGGCCGCGGUGCCCCUCGAUCCGCCGCUCGACACGGCUCGCCAUGUCCGGUACUGGCAGCGCUGCUUCCGCUCGGGCCUCCCUCACCACUACACGAGUAACGACAGCAUCCGUCUGACCCUCGGCUUCUUCAUCCUCUCCGCCCUCGACCUCUUGUCUCCGUCUUCUCCAACGCCCCUCAUCCCACCCGAAGACCGUCCAAACCUGCGCGCCUGGGUCCUCCGGCACCAGCAUCCUCAUGGCGGCUUCUGCGGCUCACCGCACCAUGUUCUCCCCGACGGCCUCACGAGCAGAUUUGACGCCGACUCUCAGACCUAUGUUGCCCGUGAUCCCGCCAACGCCAACAUAGCAGCCACCGGCUUCGCGCUGCUGUGUCUGGGUGUCCUCGCCGAUGGAGAUGGGUCCGAUGCUUUCAGCCGCGUCGACAGGGUUCGCACCCUGACAUGGUUGAAGAAGUUGCAGAGGGAAGACGGGAGUUUCGGCGAAGUACUGACCGACGACGGUCGCAUCUCCGGGGGCAGAGACAUGAGGUAUUGCUACAUUGCCGCCAUCAUCCGCUGGGCUCUGGGAGGCGGCGAGGGCGACAAGUCCCUCGAUUUCAAUGUCGAUGCGCUGGUGGGACAUAUCCGCCGCGCGCAGACCUUUGACGGAGGCAUGAGCGAGAGUUCUACACAUGAAAGUCAUAGUGGCUACGCUUACUGCGCCAUAGCGGCGCUAGCACUCCUCGACUCUGCUGGUCCCGGCCCCUCUCCAGCCCCGAAUAGCUUCGUUCAAGCAGGCAUACCUUCCAUACCCGCCUUGAUCCACUUUCUCGCCAGCCGACAGUUCAUGGUCUUAGAUCCGAGCGCUGACGACGAUGAUGAUGACAACGGAGCUACAACAGAUCAUGAGACUCCUAAUCUUUGUUCACCUGAUCUCGAACCCCAGCUGGCUGGCUUCAACGGCCGUCUGAACAAGCUUCCCGACACAUGCUAUACAUGGUGGAAUAGCGGCGCGCUUUCACUCCUCGGGGAAAAUAAUCUAGUCAGCCGCGGCCCCGCGCGACGGUUUAUCUUGGAGAAGACGCAGCAUCUCAUCGGCGGCUUCGCGAAGUACCCUGACGGACCGCCGGACGUGUAUCACGCGUACAUGGGUCUGGCCGCCCUGGCGAAUAUGGGCGGUGCUGAGGGCGAGCCUGGGCUAGCGAAAUUUGAUCCUCGAUUAUGUAUUGGCGCCGACGCGGCUGCUAGGAUUUACAAGGCGAGGAAUGACUUGUUGCAUCCUAAGGACGGCGAUCGGAAUGAAGGUGAUUGAGUGAAGAGUUGUGGAACAGGGAAACUCAACGACACGCGGUCAAUCCACCUCACACGUGGUCGUAGCUAUUACUCGGCGCUCACUAAGAAACGUGUCAUACCAUACUGAAUGUAUGGAUAAUUUUACUCCUCAGAUGCAGAUGAUGGUAGGUAGGUAGGUAGUUAAUAAGAGCCGAGCAUAAUGACCAUCAGUGUGGGCAUUCCCCUAGACAUGAUUCGAUUGGGCAGAUCUCUGGCGACGAGUUGGAAUUAUUGACUAUAAUCCUAAUUUC